AGAGCAUUGUAUUGCUGUCUUGCUCCUCCCCCUUUCCCCUUCUGUGUCACAUUUCAGAUGUUGAGCCUGUGAUCUGCUUUAAACUUGUGCAUGUUUCUUCCUGUGCGCCUCUCCGUCAGACACUCUGCCCAGUUUCACUGUUCCCUCCUCCACUUCCCUUUCUGGCCUCUCCCUCUCUUCAGCUUUUCUCUUCCUGAAAUCACUUUUCGUCGGUGUUCGUGUUGACUGGCCAGAGUCCGCGAGCUCAGCACCCUGGUUUUUCUUUUAUUUGAUCCUCUGCUUCUCCCCCUCUCUUCCUCUACUGCAGCUAUUCACCCAUUCAUCUCUGUCCUGCCCUCUGGUUCUUCCUGGUUGCGUCCUAGCAUCUGAUUGGCCAUGGCAUACCACAGCUUCCUGCUGGAACCAGUUAGCUGCCACGCCUGGAACAAAGAUCGAACCCAGAUCGCCAUCUGUCCCAACAACCACGAAGUCCACAUCUACAAGAAAGAUGGGCCUAAGUUGACCAAGAUCCAUGAGCUGAAGGAGCACAAUGGGCAUGUGACAGGGAUUGACUGGGCUAUAGAGAGUAACCGUAUAGUUACAUGCGGAGCUGACCGUAAUGCCUAUGUGUGGACCCAGAAAGACGGUGUGUGGAAGCCCACCCUGGUCAUCCUCAGGAUCAACCGUGCCGCGCGCUGCGUGAAAUGGGCGCCACGCGAGAACAAGUUUGCUGUAGGCAGCGGUUCACGCCUCAUCUCAAUCUGCUACUUUGAGCAGGAAAAUGAUUGGUGGGUGUGCAAGCACAUCAAGAAACCAAUCCGCUCCACUAUCCUCAGCCUGGACUGGCAUCCAAACAACGUCCUUUUAGCUGCAGGAUCCUGUGACUUCAAGUGCAGAGUGUUUUCAGCCUACAUUAAGGAGGUGGAGGAAAAACCGGGUCCCACUCCCUGGGGUAGCAAGAUGCCUUUUGGGGAGCUGCUAUUUGAGUCUGGAGUAUCUGAAGCUGCAGCUGCGGGUCAGGCUGUAGGAGUUGGUGGUGGCUGGGUUCACAGCGUCUGCUUUUCAAACUCUGGAAACCGCCUGGCCUGGACUUCCCAUGAUUCCACUCUGUCUGUGGCAGAAGGUGGCAAGAUCUGCACGGUAAGCAGUGUGAGCUCUGCGACUCUUCCUCUGCUGUGUGUCACUUUCAUUACCGAGAACAGCCUCGUAGCAGCUGGCCACGACUGCUACCCGAUGCUCUUUGUGUACGACGGUGCCAAAAGUACCUUGACAUUUGGUGGUAAGAUGGAUGUUCCUAAGCAGGCAGCUCAGAAGGGUAUUAGUGCUAGGGAACGUUUCCAGAACCUGGACCGUCGGGCCUCAGAAACACAGCGGACCGACCAAGACCUGAGCACGCUGCACAAGAACAGCAUCAGUCAAAUCUCAGUGCUUGAUGGAGGACGUAACCAGUGUACAAAGUUCUGCACAACCGGCAUGGAUGGAGGAAUGGCAAUCUGGGAUGUCAAGACUCUGGAAUCUGCUAUGAAGAACUUGAAGAUAAUUUGAAGUUUACGUCAUCGACCACAUGUAUUGUCGCUUCUCGUUAGGAAGAAAGUUGCUCCUUCUAUAACAACAAAAAGCUUCUUGGCCAUAUUUUAAUCAGAUAUUUUUAUACACAGCAAAUCAGUCAGACAAGUGUCUUAGUGUUUCUGCUCCUGAAACUGCUCUGUGGACGGAGAGACGGACCACACUCCUGCAAAUGGUACUUGAUAAAUAAAGAGGAGAAACCCGCAAAGCUGAACGCUUACAUCAGAUAUAUUUUGUAUUAAUCAUGCAGCACCUGUGCUGCUUAUAAUAACGCUUUUAAUAAACUGCUGUUAA